UGUCUUUGUCUCCACCCUCUUCCUCUUUGGUUUCAGAAAGCACAGAGUUCAUGUAGUGUUUUUGUGUGUGUUGAUUGUGUUGUAAUGGGGUCUGUUCUGAGGAUUUUAGACCUGAACUCUGUGGUUCUGGCUUUAGUUCUGGGUUUGAUCUUUCUGGUUCUGUUUGAGAUCAUGAGGAUUCAUGUCUCCAGAGGCAGAACUCCACCUGGACCCAGACCUUUCCCUUUUGUGGGAACUAUACCACAUGUCAUAAUGGACCCGGCAGGAUGUGUCAGAUCGUUUCAUCAGUAUGGAGAGAUGGCCACCAUGUUCCUGGGAAGACAACCCAUGAUAACGUUGAACACACUACAGAUCACCAAAGAAGCUCUGGUCCAGGACGCUUCAUCUUUUUCUGGAAGACCAGCUUUAUUACCUAUUACAGAAUGGAUGAUUAAGGGAUUCGGUAUAGUAAUGGCCACAUUUGGUCACUCGUGGAGGCAGCAGAGAAGGUUUGCUCUCCACACGCUCAGGAACUUAGGCAUUGGAAAGAAAUCCAUGGAAGAACGUGUUUUACAAGAAGGACGUUACCUGAUCGCUAUGAUGCUCAAAGCAGAAGAAACAGCAUUUGACCCCCAGCAUGUCAUACAGAAUGCAGUUUUCAAUAUAAUCUGUUCCAUCGUGUUUGGAGAUCGCUUCGAAUACGACAACAAGCGCUUUGCACACCUCCUAAAAAUCCUCAAUAAACACUUCAUGCUGAUGGCGUCUGCUACGGGGCAAAUUUUCAGCAUAAUUCCCUUCAUCAAGCACUUCCCUGGACCACACCAGAAAAUGCUCCGGAAUGUCGAUGACCUACUUGGCUUCAUUCGUGAGGAAGUGAAAGAACACAGACAAACUAUUGAUCCGGAAAACCCACGAGACUUCAUCGAUGCAUACCUGCUGGAGAUUGAGAAACAAAAGUCUCGUGAGGACUCCACAUUUCACGAAGGGAACAUGGUCAUGUCAGCAGUUGACCUUUUCUUGGCUGGAACGGACACAACGGCAACCACCAUCAGAUGGGGACUUAUCUUCUUGAUGGAAAACCCAGAAGUACAAGAGCGAUGUCAUGAGGAGAUUGUUCAGGUGUUGGGUUAUGACCGUCUGCCCUGCAUGGAUGACCGUGACAGACUUCCAUACACAUACGCCGCUGUUCAUGAGAUUCAGCGCUGUGCUAACAUUGUACCUUUUGGUGUCGUUCAUGCAACCACACAACCAACCAAACUAAGAGGAUACGACAUUCCCAAGGGAACUAUGAUCAUGACAAACUUUACUAGAAUUUUAAGUGAUGAGGAGCACUGGAAGAGUCCGGACACGUUCAACCCUGAGAAUUUCUUAGAUGAGAACGGACAUUUCUAUAAACCUGAGGCGUUUAUCGCUUUCUCACUCGGUCCAAGGGCCUGUCUUGGCGAGACCUUGGCAAGGACGGAGCUCUUCCUUUUCAUCACGUCUCUGCUACAGCGGAUACAUUUCUCCUGGCCGCCGAACUCACAGUGUCCACACAUGGAUGGAAUCAUUGGUGCACUGAGAUACCCUCACCCCUACAAAAUCACCUGCCGUAGCAGAGAUGCCAAAGACUGACUGUCAGUGACCCACAGCUGAAGAACAACAGAUUUUAUUGAAUUCCCUUAUUUAGCCUCCUGAUUUGUCUUUUUUUCAUAUUGUGACUUGUUUAAACUUAUUUUUCUAUUAUAGGACUGUUAAUGUUUCCCAAAGGAGUUGUUAUAUCAUUUUAACAUUUUUAUGGUUUUAUAGCUUCUUUAGCACCUGAAGAACUGAGGCGCGAUGAACUUUUCUGUCUUUUUGAGAUUUUCCUGUCACCUCACUGAUCUUUAAUGGCUUGAUCCCUUUCUAUAUAACCUGCAAACAAAACACAUGAUCAAAAUGUUUGAAUGCUUAUUGGGUGGUAAAGAUUGCACGUGGUUAUUGCCAGUGUUCUAAAUACAACUAAAUAAAGAAACAAUUC